AUGGACGACCCGCGUGUCCGAGAUUUGUCCACGGGCGUGCCUCCGUUCCCGGGCGCGCCUCUGUCCCCAGGCGUGCGCCUGUCCCUACGCCGGUGGGACGAGCCGCACCCGCUGUAUAGGCCGGACUACCACUAUCUGUGCGAAAACCUGCGCGGCGUCAUCACGUACUGGCAGCAAGAGUACGAAGACUUGCGCUUGGCGUCCACAGCGUACAUCGACGGCCUCCAGGAGGAGAUCCGCCGCUUGGCUUCCGAGCUGGCUGCCGCGAAGAAGCGCGACCAGGAGGAGGUCCGUCCGUCCGUCGUCUCGUGUGGCCGCAUGCUGACCGAAGCAGGCGCGUGA